AGGAAUUCAAACAUUGGCGUUUAUAUUACCUUCUACUUGGUAAAACAUGACAUUUGCGUGGCGCGCCACCAUUCGGCGGCCAGUGGACGGAUAUUAAAAGCGGGCUGCGGCGGCUCGCGUCAAGCCCGAAGCCGCCUUCACUUCCUGAAUUGGCUUUCCCUUUUUCUCUUUUGACCAUCGAAGAGUUUAACUCGCUAACUACGCGGAUGCUAGGCGGCUCCGAGCUAGCUUGGCUAUGCUAACGUGUUCAGAUGAAAUAAGCCAAACUUGUCUCUUCCCCCAAACGUAACGCCACCAAUGUCUCUCCCUUUUCCUCUCCCCAACAAAGCAUUACCUCUCGUGUAUUGGGGCUUGUUGUGGCCGUUAAAGCGAAACUUCAUGCGAAUUAAAUCAGUUUAGAUUAGCUGUUAGCUACCGGACCUGCUGCGGCUUCUACAGUAUUUGGGCUCGCGUGUGUGUGUGUGUGAGGACAGUGUGCUAACGGCGUUAGCACAAACAAACCCGGACAAUCCAGCCGGACGAUGGUGGAAAUUUUACAAGUUAAAAAGGAUAAUAGGUGAAGUGGUGUCAAUGCUGCAAGGGGAAAGGCCCAUUCAUUUCCCGACAGCCCCACUGCACCGGCGUUCAAAACAAGACUUUGUAAACUUGCAUGGGGAAAUCGCGUCAUUUUAUUCUUGCUAGAAACCCACUGACCGAGCAAAUGGUGGCGGCGGCGGCACCCUAAAAAUACGCUUCUUGGAGAAUGCUCAAGACAUCAACAAAAAAAAAAAAAACGAUUCCGAUUCUGACAAAAACGGCGUCAUUGCAAAACAUGUGAGUUGCACAAUAUCCAUACGUCGCCCUUUGACCUCUGCAGAUAAAUGAUCCCAUCGACUCAUUGCAUCCGUUACCGCUCUUGCCUCUGCGUGCACCGGUUUUUGACCCCCAGUACUUCUGUCUUAAAAGUGAGCACUCACAGGCCACAACAUUAGAUUUAAAGGACAAUAUGGCCACCGUUGUCGCUGUCAGUCCCAGUGAAUAUCUCCAGCCCUCCAGCGCCACCGCACAGGCGGAGGGUCAGCCGUCCCCUCUGGCCCUGCUGGCCGCCACCUGCAGUAAGAUCGGACCCCCCGCCGCCCAGGCCCCCGCCGCCUCGCCGCCGACCCAGCCGCAGCCUCGCCGCCUCCUCCCCAUCAAGCCGGCCCCCAUCGCGCCGGCGCCCCCCAAGAACCUGGGCUUCCUCCAAGCCAAGGGCAACGUGAUCCAGCUGCCGGCCGGCCUGGGCCCCGGCGCGCCCGGCAGCCCCAUCGUGCUCACCAUCCAGCAGAGCCCCGGACGCCCCGGCCCCCAGAGCCCCGCCAACAUCCAGUACCAGGUCAUGCCGCAGAUCCCGGGCGCCCAGACCAUCCAGGUCAUGCCGCAGGGGGGCCAGAUCCAGCUCAUCCCGGGCACCAACCAGGCCUUCAUCACCACCCCCGUGGCCGCGCCGGCCCAGGCGGCCGCCGCCCCCGUCGCCGCCCCCUUCCCUCCGCAAAAGACGGUCGCCAUUAAACCUUCGCCCAAAACGAGAAAGUUGAGCGCCGCCGCCAACGCGGUACAGCUGCCCGGCGGGCUCACGCUGCCGCUCAAUGUGGCGACGGGGGAGGUGGGCGGGGCUCAGAUCGUAACCGAGGCGGCGGCGCACGCCGUCGUGGGCAAGUCACGACGAGGCAGGAAGAAGAAAGCGACGCCUGACGCGCAAGCGCCGCCGCCGCCGCCGCCGCCCCCCCCUCAGGCUCCUUCGCCACCCCCGGAGCAAAUGGAGACCAUUUUGAUCGAAACUGCGGACAACAUCAUUCAGGCGGGGAACAACCUGCUGAUCGUGCAGAGUCCCGGCCAGCCGGCGGUCGUUCAGCAGGUGCAGCUGGUGUCCUCCAAGCAGGAGCCUCCCGCGGUCCAGAUCCCCCAGCAGGCUUUGAAGGUGGUGCAGGCCGCCUCCGCCUCGCUGCCGCCUGUCCCGCAGAGGCAGUCGCCCGCGCCCACCGGCCUGCAGGUGCCGUCGCCGGACGCGGUGCCGACGCAGAUCUUUUUUAAGACGGGAGCCGGCGAGUGGCGCUCGGUGCAACUGCAGGACGCCGCCUCCGCGGCGACGACCCCCACCACUCCCGUGGCCACCCCGGCCUCGUCGCCCCCUCCCGCCUCCGUGGCCAAGAAGGCGCCGACGGGCGGCAGGAAGGAGCGCACCCUGGCCAAGAUCGCGCCGGCGGGCGGGAUGAUGGCGCUGAACACGUCGCAGCUGCCGUCGGCGACGCAGGCGGUGCAGACCAUCAGCAUCAACGGCGUCCAAGUGCAGGGAGUUCCCGUCACCAUCACCAACGCCGGAGGCCAGCAGCAUUUGACGGUGCAGACCAUGCAGGGCGGCGGCCUCCAGCUGGCGGGCGUGGCGGCUCACGUGGACCAAACGCUCACCCUGGAACUUCCCGGGCACGCCGGCGAGAAGAAGAGACGCAUGGCCUGCACGUGCCCCAACUGUAAAGACGCUGAGAAAAGGCCGGGCGACGUGGGCAAGCGGAAGCACAUCUGUCACUUUCCCGGCUGCGAGAAGACCUUCCGCAAGACCUCGCUGCUGCGCGCGCACGUCCGCCUGCACACGGGCGAGCGGCCGUUCGUCUGCAACUGGGUCUUCUGCGGCAAGCGUUUCACGCGGAGCGACGAGCUGCAGCGGCACGCCAGGACGCACACGGGAGACAAACGCUUUGAGUGCAACCAAUGUCAGAAGCGCUUCAUGAGGAGCGACCACCUGAACAAGCAUUACAAGACCCACAUAAACACCAAGAACCUGUAAGAAAACAACAAGACUCCACA